AUGCCAGCAGAUUCCGGUUAUGUUAGUACCGGUUCGAAAAACCGUAAUUCGUUUAUUCAAUGGAUUCCACAGCAUUCUUUAUCAAUGAACGAUUCUUUACUUUCCACUCCAUUGUCAAAACACCUUCACUCUACAACUCGAAGAAUUUUCAUAGGACCGACUCCUUCAAAUUGGUCCUACAAAAAAAAUUCGCUUUGGUUUUCAAAAAGUGAUCAAGCUACUCAUCACAAUAGUCCUAACAGGCAGAGAACUUUUCGAUCUGAACCUGAAUUUAGAGGUCCCACUAAUAUCGCUUCACUGGAUUUUUGUGAAAUACGUGAAGACAAUCAUUCUCCAGCUCAAUUAACUCGUUUAACAGAUAUACCUUACUUAGUUUCUGAACCCGAAGAAUUGAUUGAUAACGAAGUUAGUCCUUUUUCUGAUGAUGACAUCUUUUAUACACCCAAUGAAGAACCCCGUUCAUUCCCCGUUACCCCUCCAUAUCAAGGUCGGAGAUCCUUUUCGCAGAGAAUUUCAAUGCCUGAGAGAUCUAUUCACGAAAAUUUAUUUGAUGAGCAACUUAACUUUAAAUUAAUGAAACGUAUAACCGAAGAAGAAAGCAAGUCACGUGAAUAUUUUCCAUCAUCGACGAUAUCAUCAUCAAAAAAUCCUCAUCAUCCAAAAAAUGUUCCUGAAUAUAGUCAAAUCGUAGAAAACAUUCAUGUAAACGAUCAAGAUCAAGGGGAUAAUCAUCCAGUUGAAGAUGCAGAUCACGUUAGUUCAGUAUCUAAUCCAACGCAACUACAUCCUGAUACGAUCAUAAAAGUCGAUCGUUUGUUGGUUAGGACGGAGCGCAUUUAUAACCGGGGAACACCAACGCUUUACAAGAGAUAUUCUUUAAAGGGUCAUCUCAGUAGGAAACAACAAACUCAAUCAGCGGGUUGGAGAGAAUACAUCGUUAAAUUACGUCCUGGAAGGAUAGAAUUGUACAAAAACAAUAAAGUUCGAGUAUCUAAAAUGCGAUUCACCGAAACAACCCGAUUGGGACUUCUUUCAGCGGUUGAUUAUACCAUAUCACUCAGACAACGAUCUGGAAGCGGGAUGAAAUUGAAAGUCUUUGUGCUCAAUCCAAAGACUAUAGAGCAGAGUGUCGAAUGGUAUCGUAUACUAUAUGCUACACUUGGUGAGCAAUCGGUCAAUACAAUGCCUUCCUUAUGUGAAGUGUAUGUACCAGAUUUUGAUGUUCACGUGAGAAUUCCGUUAGAGGAACGUGAUCAGGCUUAUAAUAUCACAGCAGAGGAUAUUACUAAAUUGGUCUUGGAUGAAUUGAGUGGGGAGCCGGAAUGGGAAGAUGUAUUAUUUGAGUGGCUAAAGUCUUGCGACUUGAGAUUAUGUUGGAAGAGAUAUGAUCGAUUGGAGUGGAUUGUUUGGGAAAAAAAUGAAGAAGGCAAAACACAUCAACUUCAAUUACGUCCGACUGAACAUUAUCCGACUUCUGUCCAUUUGAAAGAUGGAACAAUAUUAAAUCCAUUCGCAGCCAGUCCGCCUCCGCCUCCGCCUCCGCCGCCGUCAGUUCCAACAUUAAAUUCGGAUGAAGAGCGUCAGCAAACCGCACAACCAUUGAUAUAUUCAGUUGCACCACUACCACAAGGACAAUGUGGUGGUCAUAUCGAUAAUUUUAUGAAAGCAGACGCAAAAAGACGUGUAAAACAAAUUAAGAAUGCCAUUGGAUUCAUAAAUUUGGCUGAUGUGGUGGAGGUGAAAUUUGCCGACAAGGGCCAUUUGGGGAUCAUUGAAGUCGAGAAUCACGAACGUUAUUUUGAUUUAGUUUUAAAUAAUGGCACGGUCAUCACCUUACAGACGUAUUCUAGACAAACAUUGGAUGAAUGGAUUAAACGAUUGGAUGAACUUAUAAAAUAUUGGAAGGCUCGACUAAUAUCGGAUGUUCAUACACGAAUUAAUAUGUUUAAAGUGAAUGUGGAUUAUCAUCAGGAAGAUGAUGAUAAUGCCAGUCAAGAUGGGAUACACAGUCAUUGGAAUAAUUUUCACUCCUAUGUAAAUACAGCCAUUUGGCAUUGGUGUAUUUUGAAUGGAUGUCGUGGAAUUACUAAAGGAGGUUUAUUAUAUCAUAAAACACACCUUCGCGGCACAUUCCAAAAUUAUCACCAUAUUCUUAUAAGAGGACAUUUAUUAUACUAUAACUUAUAUACACGAAGUUCAUUGAGUGGUACGGCAAAGCGACAAAAUUUUCAUAAACGUCGCGGAUGCAUUCAUUUAACGGAUUGUUAUGUGUAUUCCGGAGGUAUCACGGAAAAUGAUUUACUAUAUUCAAGUUCAAGCAGAUAUAAUAUAUCAGAUAACGGAACACAUAAAUUGCCAAGAAUAUAUCCAGAUGGCAUGUAUUGUUUUGAUGACGAUGAAGAGUGUACCUUUGUUAUAUGGCAAGGAGAGCAAAAAUAUUGUCUUGAAAGGGAUAAAGAGAAAAGUAGAAAUAGCAUAUGUUUAAAAAAGACAACAACAUUGGAUCGUCCUGGAAAUAUUUGGGUUUUUAGAGCUAGAAGUAGGAUUGAAAGAGAGGAGUGGGUUUGGGCUAUUAAUGUGGAAAUCGAAAGAGCUUUGAAGGAAAUAAGGAAGAAAUAA